AGUUUGAAUCAAUAAACUAAUAGAAUGGCCACAAAUUAUGAUAACGACAGCUACUGGAAUCGUUCCGCUAGUAAGGCUUUCAACUUUGAUGACGAUGCCAACGAUGAUGUAGACUUUAAAACUGUGGCAGCCGGUUAUGAAUUGUCUACAGAUUUGGGUGGCAUACUAAACGAUGACACCAUUUCGGAAGCCAGUUUUGAUAAUAGUGCAGCCAGUAGUGCUUUAAAUUUAUCCAUAAAAUCCUUGCUUACGGAAGAAGCUUUAAAGUGCAUAUUGGAUGAGCAAUCAAUGGAUGAUCGUUUGAUACCCAAGGGCAUGAGUGCAGAGGAAGAAUUGAAAUUGUUGAGAAGACAAAUACAAAAUACGUUGUACACGCCCUCGCCUGUCACAACGGCUCAGAAGUUGUUGUGUGGUGUUAUGGUCAACUUUGAGGUAUUCAAGUCCUUAAAUGAUAAAAAACAACUACUAGAUGCUGUGCUAAAUAUGGGUAAUGCUGGAGAUGCUAUUAUAAGCGUGGUUUUAUUUUUAGAAAAAUCUUUAAAUAGACCAGAUUUUUUGAGUAUACUUAUCGCUAGACCUAAGGCCUUGAAGCAUUAUUUAGCCUUUCUUAAACAACAAAAUCCUGAAGAGGCCGUUAUACUUUUAAAAGAUUUGGGAAAAUCUCAGGAUUCUUUGCUAUUACUAUACAAAGAUAUUUAUCAAUCGGACACUAUAAAAGAACGCAAAGAAAAACUGCAAAAAAUAAUGGAAAAUUAUACCGCCACUUGUUCUCUAUAUCCCCAAUUGAUACAUGCCAAUAUAAAGCUUCUAAACAUGGUGGAAUCAGAACGUAAUUCUCUUGACAAUAUGAUCGAUAUAGAUUCUAGUCCCUUAGAAGUUUUACAUGCUUGCUGUGCGAAAUAUAACAAUUGGAAAGAACAAGACAUGUUAAAAGCUACAUCCCCUUACCGUUUCACCGCUGAUUUACAAAUCUCUGCUGGACAAUUUGAAUGGUGUGCUUUAAAUGAACGUACCCAAGCUCAGGCUUAUGCAGAUCUCUCACACAUUUUUGAACAAGUACCCACCUGGCAUCCCUUGAAACAAAAACAAUUUCAUAUAAGUUUUUCUUUGGAGUUGGCUGUUUUACGUUUGUUUGAAUUACAAGCUCCGCCCACGAUACUUUACUUGUUCUUGUCGCGCCACUCGAAUAACACUGAUAAAUUGGCAUUGGCUAAAAGGGUGAAAUGUGUCAAGGCUGAAAUAGAUGCUCUAGUGGGUUUAAAAGAAAUUGGCCAGUUGACUUUGUUAAGGGACUCAUUGCCCGAACGUUCGGAGGAACAAUUUUAUUGUGACAAUGCCUUGAAAACAGCUCAGACCAAAAGAUGGACAACGGACAAUAUUAAAUUAAAACUAAAUAAUAAUCUUAGUUAAGGAACGUUUUAAAAGUUAAUGAAAUGCAAUAAUUAGUUUUAAGUUUUGUUACAAAAUAGCAGUAAACAAUUGUUGAACAGUUUCAAAUUCGAAUUUCAAUAAAAGAUUUAAUCUAAUUUUUAAUGAAUAUAAA